AUGGGGCGAGGUUGUGUUUCCGGAAGACGUGGCUGUUGCUGCAGUGGCAGCUGGCAAUCUUAAGAUUCUUACAUGAACCACUUCAAUUUUUUCGUUCCAUUUUACACUCACUGGUCAAAUUAGUGCCAAGAUGAUUUCCUUGACGGACUCGCAAAAAAUCGGAAUGGGAUUAACAGGCUUUGGUGUGUUUUUCCUCUUCUUUGGGAUGAUCUUGUUCUUUGACAAAGCACUUCUGGCAAUUGGAAAUAUCCUAUUUGUUGCUGGACUUGCGUUUGUCAUUGGCCUCGAGAGGACUUUCCGCUUCUUUUUCCAAAAGCACAAAAUGAAAGCCACCAGUUUCUUCUUAGGAGGUGUGCUUGUGGUGCUAAUUGGCUGGCCCAUAAUUGGUGUUGUGCUGGAGGUCUAUGGAUUUUUCCUCUUGUUCAGAGGCUUCUUCCCUGUUGUAAUAGGCUUCAUCAGAAGGAUACCGGUCCUUGGCUCCAUCCUAAACCUGCCCUUCAUCAGCGCAUAUGUGGACAAAGCGAGCGAGGGCAACACCAUGGUAUAACACUGACAUCUUGUAUGCAAAUAAGUCUCGGUUUGAACGUAGCAGGUUAAACAACGCAACGCAGUCUGCUGAUGGAGAGGAUUUCAAGUUGCUCAGGUUAUUCAGUAACGAGUCCGACGCAGGCGGGAGAAGAAAAAAGACUGCUUCUGUUUGCCUGUCAUCACUGCCCAAUAAUAGGUCAUCAACCUGUUACCAUGCUUUUCUUCCCCAAUUGAAGGAAUAGUGGACAGUUUUUGCCGCAUUGUCCUUUUUGUGCCUCUGCUUUAAAUUCGACAAAUAUUUUAAGUGCAGCAUUUUAUUUUUGCUGUUAUUAUGAGACGCUGUUUGUUUUUGUCUCGCAACUAAUAACUCGUAAGAUAUCUAACAAAUAAGCCUUUCAGUUACACUUUGAGAAUGUGUAUUUAAGAAUUAAACACAUUUAUGAGGUGAUCUGAAAUGCUUACUGUAAAGUCCCUGUAAACAACUUGUCUCAUUUUGUAGAGUUAAGCACAUCUAAAAAAAGAUGCAAAUGAAGAGGUCACUUUUGUCUUGCACCACUGUUUAGUUGCUCGCUGCAUCUUGAAAGUAAAUCAUGCGGAUUGCCAACAGGAAUGGCUUUGUGGUCAAAUACCAAGCGUUGUAAAUGUUUUUGUUUCAGUUACAUGUCCUUUAUGUUCAUAUUUGGCAACGUAGGUUUUUUUUUCAUAUCAAUGGGUUUUAUUUACUACAAAGUUUCCCCAUUAAUGAACUGUACAAAUUGUGUUUAAAGUAUUUUGUAUAAAUAUUUGUCACUAAAGAAAGAAAAUUU